UAGGUAUAUCUGAAACUUAUAGCUAAAUUUGAGAAAUUUAAAAAAUGAAUACUAAGGUAUUUUCAUCAUCAAGUCUGUUAUGCUUAGCAUACAGGCAAUUAAAUCAUAGUCUUAUAAAUCGUUCAUUAUCCCAAUCUCAUCAUCUCUACUGCAAAGCUCCUCAGAAUACUCCACCUCCCUCAACAAAGAUCUCCACAAAUACAGAAGAUGUCUCCAAAAGCGAUCCCAGUGGGCAGGAAAUUUCUGACUGGAUUAAAGACAUCCACAAAGAGGAUGACAGACCUCGUGUACCAUUCAGAAGACAGAACUACCCUGAUCCUCUGAGCCGAGUCAUUGGUAUCCUAACUGACGAUGUACGAUUAUUUUUUGGGUUUUACUAUCGUGGUGCAAAGGAGAUUUGGCAAGCAAUUUCUUCAAUUAAACUAGAAUAUAAGGAAGAGUCAAAAUUGAUGAAAAAUAUAAAAUCUUCUCUGAACUUGGGAGCCAAGGAAAAAAAUGCUUCCACAUUGCCUGAAGAUGAAGUUCAAAAUAUGGCCACUCCAGAGGAAAAGAAAAUGAAUGAAUUUUUGCAAAAUGCAUCAUCAUCCAGAAACAAGGACAAAUCAAGCAAGAAAAAUAAGAUGAAUUUCCUGCAGAAAAUUAAAUAUGGAAAACCUGAAUCUUGGCCUUCUGAUGUUGAUUUUUUAGUGGUUGGGGGAGGAGCCAUCGGAUCUUCUAUUGCUUAUCACCUCACAAAAAAUGCUAAGGAUGGAGUUAGUGUUGUUGUUGUGGAUAAAGACCUCACAUAUAAGAACUCUUCUACGGCACUGUCAGUUGGGGGCAUCCGCCACCAGUUCAGUGUCCCGGAGAAUAUUCUGCUGUCAAUGUACGGCAUGCAGUUCAUGAGGGAGCUUCCUCGCCUGCUGAAGGUUCCAAAUGCCGACCCUCCCUGCGUCAACUUCCAGCCACAUGGCUACCUCACACUGGCCUCGGAAAGUGGCUUUGAACAACUCCAUGAGAAUUAUGAGAUUCAAAAGUAAGCGUUUUUAAAUAAUCUUGUGCACAUCAAAUAUAAAAUAGUCAAGAUGCUGGACGUGCAGCAAAUAAAGGAGCGCUUCCCCUGGAUGAACACCGACGGCUUGGCUGCCGGUGUGCUGGGCGUCGAGGGUGAGGGAUGGUUUGACCCGUGGAGCCUGUUGAUGGCGCUGAGGCGUAAGGCCGUACACUUGGGGGCGCAGUACAUCGAGGCGGAGGUCGUGGACGUCAAGUUCAAGGAAGCCCACGAGAUGAUAUCCUACUUGGACGGCCAUCCCACCAAUGCUGACCUCUGCAUCAACCAAGUGUCCGUACGGCUGCCUAACCAAGAAGUGCGCACCAUCGCACCAGCGUACGUGAUCAUGGCGGCGGGCCACAGCAGCGGCAGCCUCUGCUACGACCUCAUGGGCGUCGGCAAGGCCGAGGAGGGCCUCAUGGCCUACCCCGUACCCAUAGAGCCUCGGAAGCGCUACGUGUACUGCUUCCACGCCCCCAAGGGCCCCGGUCUGGCCACGCCCCUGGUGGUGGACCCCAGCCGCGCCUACUUCAGGCGGGAGGGCUUCGGCAACAUGUUUCUUGCGGGCAUGUCGCCCACUGAGGAGGAGGAGCCUCCCUGCGACAACCUCGAGGUCGACGACGAAUUUUUCCUGCACAGAGUGUGGCCUGCCAUCGCCCACCGCGUGCCGGGCUUCCAGGAGAUUAAGGUGCAAGGGUCGUGGAGUGGCUUCUACGAGUACAACGUUUUUGACCAGAACGGCAUCGUGGGCUUCCAUCCUAAGAUUGACAACCUCUUCCUGGCUUCUGGCUUCUCAGGGCACGGCAUCCAGCACGCGGUGGGGGUUGGCAGGGCCGUCAUGGAGCGGCUGGUGCACAGCGAGUAUCGCAGCAUCGACAUGGGGCGCUUCGAGAUCAACAGAAUAUACCUCAACGAACCCAUCCACGAGCAGUGCAUUGUUUGAAGACCCAUUUCAAUAACAAAAUCUCCAUUUCAAGAACGAAACCUCGCUUAAUAACGAACAUAUACGUGUAUAGUACCACUCAUUUACCCAAGAAAAGGUUGUUCCUUCGAGCAAUGUUCAGACGUGGCAGCUCACAGAGCGCGCCCAGUGACAAGUGGCAGUCAUCACCAGUGUCGACCAGCGUGAUGUGUAUUUGCUUUUACCUCCAAGAAGGUUAUCUUUCGGAUUAAUUGAUCCGAAAACUAAAGUUAAUUUUCGGAUCAACUAAUACGUAGUACCUUACUGCUUACAAAUUUAUGCUUUUGUUUGCUGGUGCUCAUUGUAGUAGGGUGAACUCCUCUAAAUGCGUGAUGGGGCGUCUUUUUGUGAAUUAGAUUGCAAAUUUGACUUGGUCGUUAUUUUAAAGUUAGACACAACAUCUGGUCUACGAGAUGGCAGGAGAGAGGAUUAAUUUUCUGUUCCCUGCUGAAACAUUAUUCUAAUUUAUCAAAUUGAGACCGACAAGAUCUUUGAACGUAUCGUUGUGUAGCAUCUGGUUCUUAAAGGUCUUUGUAUUGAAUUAUAUCCUGAAUUCUCCAGUGUAUGAGCAUGGUAAAUGUUGAUCAUUUCUUAAAUUUCGUUCACCGAAUGCCUGUGGAUUUUGAAGGCUCGUUUUGCUGUAUAGUAUGAUUUAGAACAGAAUUUUUCCGUGCCGGAUUUCCCUUGUUGCUUUAUAACGAUUAUUUUAUUUUAUUUCGUCACAGGGAUUAACAGUUCUAAGUUUCUUCUUAUUCCUAUCCUACUACAGUGUUAAAUUCUGGUUAAUUCGAAUGAUAAUAGGCAACAAAACAACGAGGUUGUCACUUCUUUGCGUUUGAUUAUGAUGAUGACAUCCAUCGUGUCUACGUUAAUGACUAUGUAAUGAAUGCGUAAAUUUUCUUACCUGUACAAUUUUGUUAUAAAAAGUUCUGUAAAUAUAUCUUUGUUAAAUUUCGAUUGCAUCGAGACGUGUCUAUUCUUGUUGAUGGAAAGAUAACGACAUUAUAAGGGCUUUUCUGUGA